AUGACCUCAUUCGCUCUCCCCGCCAUCGGCCACUCCCCCUCCAACUCCUUCUAUCCUCCCCUUAACACCACUUCGUACAUCUCCAAUGCCUCUUUAGGUAAUUAUGGUGGCACCUACUCUGCUCCUGUUGGAGCUAGCUCUAUCUCAAAUGACAGUUAUAAUUACUGCACCAUGCCGCAUCCUCGUAUAGAACACUAUUCUCUCCCGUCUCCGGUGCAUAAUGGCUCUCUCGAUGCGAGAUUAGUCUAUCUGGAGUAUCUGCAGCGUCAUCAACGGAGGACUCCUUAUAAUAUCCUUCCGGGUGGAGAGAAUCAAGAAUAUCACUGCGAAAACACACAUCCAUUCGUCUACUCUGCCCCAGCCCUGAAUAACACCUCCUCUCUCCCAGUCUAUGCCCAAACCUACUCUGACCCCUUCAAUCCCUUUCUAUCUUCCUAUGUCAAUGGUUCCUGUCAGUAUCCCCAACUCACCGUCGGCGGUCUUCUCGACGGCACUCAGCACGGCCGUGAUCUCCGCGCUGUCUACGGUGACAAGUUAGAUCUUCUCCCUGCUUCUCCGGAUCAGAACAAAGUCUGGUUCAGGUCUAGCUCUUCCGCUCUUACGCAGGGCUCGGCUGGUGCUGUCCUCCGUGGUGUAUUCCCGAAUUACCAGGGUGCGCUUCCAUUGCAUCAGCAGGCUUCGUCGGUGGAUACGGUUGAUCAGGGUUUCUCGUGUCCUGCGCGAGAUUCUGUCCUCUCAUCAAUUCAGUCGACAGAUGAGUGGAACGAACAUCUAUCCGUGACCAAAUCCCUCCGCGACAAUCUAGCCACAAAGUUCGACGCCAACUCUUCCUCCUGGAUGGACACAUUCGACCACUUCAACGAUAACUUCCAAGCUCGUCUCUGCAAUGGCUAUCACCCACCAUGUCGUCUACAAAACCAAUCCGACUGCGUCACAUCAUCCCAAAUUGACGAAGCCUUCCGCGCCGGUGACUGGGAGUGGAAUUACUGGUGGCGCCGGAAUGAGCACGCCACGCGGUACAUCCAGCUCGUCGAGGGCGUGUUUCUGGGCGAGUUGAUUCGAAAGUGGGAGAUUGUCCAGCAAGGCGGGACAGAAGUCGUGUAUAGCCAUAAUUUCAUCCACGAUGGUGAUAUGGGGCCUGUGUUGGGGGCGUUGGGGAUCAGGGCGCUACGAUGGCCGGGGAUGGGGUCGAAUAUUGCGGUUGAGUUAUGGAAAACAUCCGACGAAUUCUACGCCCGUGUUUUAUACAGCGGAAGACCCCUUGAGACCAUCCACGGCACGCUCGACUGGGUUCCGCUGUCCAAGUUGAUUGCUAUUCUGCGUCCUUUUGUGCCAGAGGAUAUUGUUUCUCUAUGCAAUGUCUAGUGUAUAUAAUAUAACUAAUCUAUCUACUCACAACAAUAGCAAUACGUUCCAUCCGAACAACACUGUGGAUAUCGUCCAUGACAGCACACGGCUUGCGAGCAGGGUGAGGAGCAGCGAUAGCAUAUUUCUUCAUUCAAUGCAAGACCAGACUGGCCAAAAGUUCUAGCAGGUGAGAUAUACUCGUCGGAGUGGGUUAUCAUUUUUAUAGCUUCCACUUAGCAGAUGUAUAUAUCAAGUAAGGUAAUUCUCACAGGUAGGGUGAUGAUAUUCAGCGUUUGCUGCGACAGCAAUGGAAAGCAGGAUAUACGCGAGUUUCAUUGUUGAUGUUGAAUGGUCUAGAUAGAAUUGUUUGGGUAAUGGGAUGUUUUAUAGAUUGACCGGUGGUCAGAUGGGGGUGUCAUCCGCAUCCCCGCGUCUGGAUCAUGG